AAUACAAUAACAAACUCGGUCACUUCCACGUCAUUUUUGACAGGUUUUCUAAAACUGCAUGUCCCUUUUACGCCUAUUAAUGCUACUACACAAUCUCAUUCAUGAAGAAUGAGUAUAACACCGACCACGGAAAAUUUUCUUCCUUGCUAAAUCGUUGAUGACAUUUUGGUAUUGCAAUACCAUGUAAAAUAUGGGCCAAGCUUUGUGGAAAAUAAAUAACAUUGAAAAGAACUUAGAAAAAAACUUAGAAAAAAAUACCAAACAAAACAAUGCAGUGACCAAAUUCCAAGAUUUACAGAACCUCCCACCUGAGUUAGGCCUAGCUGUUUUGUCACAUCUGAAUGCCACAGAUCUAUGCCUAGCUGCCUGUGUUUGGGAUAAUUUAGCUAAUGAUGAGCUAUUGUGGAUGGGACUGUGUAAAGACUCCUGGGGCUAUGUUAGUAUUUACAAACGCAUACAGAAUCAAAAAGUUUCCUUCAAAAAACUUUACAUGGUCCUUGAUGAAGCCUCAUUAACCUUUAAUGGUGAUGCUUUUGAGGGAGAAGAGUAUUUAUUUAGACAAGGUUUACUGGAAAACAGUCCAAUGGAAAUAGCAAAAUUUUUACACCUGACUAAAAAGAUCAAACCUAGUAAGAAAAGAGAAUAUCUGAAUCAAAGGCGAGAUGUAUUAGAUAAGUUAGUACAUCUACAGAACUUUGAGAUGCAGUUUCUACCUAAUGCUUUGAGGAACUUAUUUGGUACAAUUUCUGCACCAGAACAGAGAGGUGGUCUUCUUACAGAGAUGAUGGAGAAAUUUUCUGAAAGAUUUUGUUUAUGUAAUCCUAACCUAGGACUUUCUAAAGAUACUGUUUUUGUGUUGUGUUUUUCACUGAUCAUGUUAUCUGUGGACCUAACCAGUCCAGCUGUAAAGAACAAAAUGUCAAAAAGAGAAUUUAUCAAAAAUACAAAGAGGGCAGCACUUGGUGUAGAUGAAGAUUUUGCAGGUCAUCUCUAUGACAACAUAUACCUAAUAGGUCAUGUGGCAAGAGAAGAUAUUGAUUAGAAACUGGUUGAAACUUCUAAAAUAUAUUUUUGUUAUUUAACAGGACUUACUAUUUUUGUUGCCUUUUACUAGAGUUAGUAGAUAAUGUAUUCAUCAUUUUGAUGUUUAAAAUUUCUUUUUUUCUAAUUAAUCAGAAAAGAUACAAAAAUUUUCAGAUAGCUCCAAUUAAAAUAUU